AUGGCAGGUCCCUGCACCAGUGAACGUUUUUUUUUCACAGUAAAACAUUUUCCUGCUGUUAUCGAUGAGCGAUUAAAUAUUAUGGCAUUUGUGGAAGCUUCAUUGGAUUUAGUAGCUAUAGUGGAACGUCUUGGCACGGUAUUCACGCCUGUUACCGUCGAUAUGCAAGGAAAUAUAGAUAAAAUUAAAAAAUCUUAUAAAUAUGAUGAAAAUUCUUGUUUACUGGAGUUAAUGCUUGAUGAAAAGGCUAAAGGCGAAACUACUGCAGCAGAAGGCGUUCUAUGGCUGAAUAGGGCUUUAUUUUUUUUUGAAUUAAUAUUCAUAGAAAUUAUUAAUAAGUUGAAAGACCAAAUACCUCCAAAUGAUGUUAAUAUGAAAGAAAUCUUCACAAAAGCAUAUGAGGGAUCUGUAAAACCGUACCACAAUUGGAUCACACGGCAAUUGUUUUCUUUUCUUUGUAAAAUGUCUCCAAACCUGCCACAAUUAUUGCAAUCCCUGGAAAUUGACAAUCUAGUUGAAUAUAUUCAAAUUUCAGAAAGUUACAAUGUAAAAUUACAUUUAAUUAGGUGUAAAAUUGAUGAUUUCUUGAAGGAUAACAAUAUCCCUUAA